AUGUGCACCGCACGGCACGUCACAUCCCUGCCAUGCCAUCGCCACGCGUGUGCGUACAGGGUGCAGGGGGAGUUCUGCGACCAGCUGUGGGACGUCAUGGGGGCGGCGCGCUUCUGGUUCACCAAGACCGACGCCUACUUCCUGCCCUCCCUCUACUAUGUCCCCUCCUUCGCUGCACGGCUGAAUGAGCUCUUUCCAGACGGCCGCAUCUACACACACGUGGCACGCUACCUGUUGCACCCCGACAACCAGCUGUGGGGAACCAUCACUGCCGCCUUUCAUGCCAACCUCACCCGUUUCUCACACCGCCUGGGCGUUCAGGUGAGAAUGGCAUGCAGAAGAUUCCUGUGA